CAACUCCCCAGUGUCCGGUUCUAUGCAUUCGAAAUGCGGUACUCCUUUGAUCUCCAUCGUCCAUUUCAAACGACAGUUAUCUUCUUCAUCAAUACUCGAGAGAGAGCCACCCAAUCACGCGCGUUGAGGCCGAAACUCAAUCCAUCUCUCUCAUCGAGUACACUCAGAAAUACGGCGUCGGCGCUUCAUCCCGAGUCGACCGGCUUCUAUUCCCACGCCCUCAAAAUCUCGGCCAAAAUGGGUCUCUUUAAAGAAGGGCAACAAUUCCAUUCGCGCAUAAUAAAACAAGGGAUGAACAACGAACUGCCUUUGCAAACUCGAAUGCUAAAUUUAACGUGCAAACAAUUUCCCGAUGCAGAGAAAUUGUUCGAUCAAAUGCGUGUUCGAAACUUGGUGGCGUGGAACACAAUGAUAUGUAAGUCGAAUCUUUUUCUGGGUUUUUAUUAUUUCAAGAAAAUGUUGAUAAACAACGUAGGUUUUGAUCAUAUAACUUUGAAUUCUUUGCUCCGUGCCUCCUCUGAGGUAAAUGACGUCGUUUUUGGCAGAGAAUUACAUUGUCUUAUAGUGAAAUUGGGGUUUUUAUAUGAUUCUUUUGUGAGCAGUGCUCUUGUUCAUUUAUAUGGGAAAUGUGGUCUUGUUGAAGAAGCGAGAUGGGUUUUCGAUCAAGUGUUUUGUAGAGAUUUGGUGUUGUGGAAUGUGAUGGUUUCUUGUUAUGCUUCGGCUUCUUUAACACAAGAGGCUUUUGAGCUUUUCGAUUUGAUGAAGAAGGAAGGUGUUAAGGGGGAUGGCUAUACCUUUUGUUCUUUGCUUAAAUCUUGCUGUAGUUGGGGAUUUGAUGAACUGGGAAGGCAGAUUCAUGAUCUCAUUAUUAAACUUGGUUUUGAUUCAGAUGUUCCUGUGGCAAGUGCACUUGUUGAUAUGUAUGUAAAGAAUGGAAAUUUGUAUGAUGCUCUAAAUGCCUUUGAUGGAAUGACUGCCAGAAAUGUUGUGUCUUGGAACACUCUGAUCGUGGGUUAUGCACAGCAUGGAGAUGCGGAGAAGGUUAUGGAGCUUCUUAGAGAAAUGAGGCUACAAAAUUUCUGUCCAGAUGAAUUAACCAUGUCAAGCAUAAUUCGAUGUUGUUGUGUCUUAUCCACCUCUGCUAAAUUGUCUCAGGUCCACGCGUAUGUAGUCAAAAAUGGGUUUGGGUCUUUUUUAUCAGUUGCAAAUGCUUUAAUACACGGGUACUCCAAGUGCGGUCACGUUGAUGGUGCGUUGCAAUGUUUUGUUUUAGUUUCAGAGCCUGAUCUUGUUUCUUGGACAUCACUAAUAGGUGCUUAUUCGUUUCUUGGUCAUUCAAAAGAAAGUAUUAUAGUGUUCGAGAAAAUGUUAGCUACUGGUGUAAAGCCAGAUCAAAUUGCCUUUCUUGCUAUUCUUUCAGCAUGCAGCCAUGGAGGGCUAGUGAAUGAGGGGAUUCAUUAUUUCAAUACGAUGAUGAAUGACUAUGGAACUAUUCCAGAUUCAGAGCACUAUACUUGCCUCAUCGAUCUGCUUGGUCGAGCUGGCCUUCUCGAUGAGGCUUUUAAUGUUUUGACAUCUCAGACGGUUGCAUGUACACCAGAUACCUUGGGAGCGUUCAUAGGAGCAUGUAGCAUCCAUGGAAACAUAAUAUUGGCCAAGUGGGCUGCAGAAAAACUUGUUGCCUUGGAGCCCAACAAACCUGUUAAUUAUACUCUUAUCUCUAACAUGUAUGCUUCUAAAGGAAGAUGGUUAGAUGUGGAAAAUGUUAGGAAAAUGAUGACAGAUCAUUGUGAUUACAAAAUUCCUGGUUGUAGCCAGGUGGAGGUUGCUGCGGAUGUAAUGUGUUCACCUCAAGUGAUAUAACUUUGGUCAUAUAACCAAUCUCGCCUGGUCCAGCGAAGCAUGAAUACAACACAUUGACCGCUCUGGAUAUGUUCUUCAGUAAUAUGGAUGACUGCUCUUGAACUCUUUUUAUUAUGAUUUCAGGUAAGGGUUUGCGCACUCUAAAUGAAUCUGCAUGAUCCAUUAAUCCCGAGUCAAGUGUUCUGAUAAUGAGUACAGUUCUUACUACAGUAUGGUUUUGAAUCUUCUAUCUUGAAAUAUAUCUCAUUCUCAUAUGUCAUUUUUUUAUGCAAUCGAUGAACAAUAUC